AUGGGUUAUGUGAAAACCUAUCUCCUGCCAGAUAAAACAAAGGCUAGCAAACGGAAGACGAAAGUGAAGAAGAAUUCGACAAGUCCUUUCUAUAAUGAAGCUUUAAUCUACGAAAUUCCCAGAUCAGAUUUAGUUUAUCGUACACUCCAGCUCUCCGUUUGGCAUUUUCGACGUGCAAAGGCCAAUCUCUUUCUUGGUGAGGUCCUUUUUCCACUUGCAGAACAUCAAUUCAGUCCCACUCCUAUUUGGAAGGCUCUUCAAAACAGAUUAUUAAUCAACAUUUGUCAAAUCCGUCAAAAGGGGGAGGCUGACUUAGCAUUUCAAUUCGAUUAUGAAGAAGCAUUAAAUUGA